UAUGACAGAUCUACAAACACAUCACCAAUGCUUCAUGCUCCCGCAGUGACUCCUGGUGACAAACAUCCAGCCCGGGGGGGUAUGGCAAGGUCAGCAAAACACAGAACUGGUUUCAUUGGCUGGAGGUGGUUAUGGUUUAGCCCGCAGGCUUGUUUUUAAGAGAGCCAGCUUUUCAGACUUCUCCCUCAGACACAGUAGGACGACUUGUGACAUGCGUAACAUCUCAAACAGCACAGACAUGGAGUCAUGGACCCAUGAAUACGGCGACUUUGGUGAUUAUUUCAACUACUCUUUUUUUAACACAAGUAACAUCUCAGACUAUGAUGAUUUGGACUCUGACUUUUGUGAAGCUGGAGAUCAGGAGUUCACCAUCAAAACCUUCCAGACGUGUGUGUUCUGCCUGAUCUUCCUGUUGGGCGUGGUGGGAAACUUCCUGGUGAUUGCCACCUUUGCUCUCUACCGCCGCCUCCGUCUUCGCUCCAUGACUGACGUCUUCCUGUUCCACCUGGCGCUGGCUGACCUUCUCCUACUCCUCACGCUCCCAUUUCAGGCCGUCGACACUCAGCUUGGUUGGAUCUUCUCUGUCACCCUCUGCAGAGCCACACGUGCGUGCUACGCCAUCAACACCUACAGUGGACUCCUGCUGCUGGCCUGCAUCAGCGUUGACCGCUACAUGGUGGUGGCACGAGCCCAGGAGAUGCUCAGGCUGCGCAGUCAGAUACUAACAGCUGGCAAAGUCGCUGCUGUGGGUGUGUGGCUUGUUGCGGUGCUCCUCAGCCUGCCUGAAAUCCUCUACGCUGGGGUGUCAGGGUCCGGCAGUGAUGCAUACUGCGGCAUGCUGACAAGUGGAAGAGUCAAAAUGGCGACCAAUGGUUGCAUCAUUGCUGUCUUCUGCCUGUCCUUCUUUGUAAUGGUCACAUGCUACUCUUCGAUCGCUCAAGUGCUGUGGGAAGGGAACACACAGCGUCGGGGGAAGCAGUGGCACCGGCAGCGCACCUUGAAGCUAAUGGUGGCUCUGGUCCUGGUUUUCCUGGUGUUCCAGCUGCCGUACACGGUGGUGCUGUCACUUAAAAUGGCAGGGCAGUUCUGCGGUCUCUUGCUGGAGUACAUCACCUGCACUUUGGCAUUCACCCGCUGCUGCCUCAACCCCAUCCUGUACGCCCUGGUGGGUGUGCGCUUCCGUAACGACGUCUUGAGGCUCAUCCAAGAUUUCGGCUGCCAGUGUUGCCUCUGGGCGAUGCCACAGAGUGUGAGCUCCUCCUCCAUCUCCCCCUCCUCACCUGCUUCCAAAGUGCUCUCAGUUUGCUCUCCAGCAUCCCCCGAACCGAGUUACUCCAGCAACGAGACUGUGCCCAUGAAGUUUCAGUUUCCACCAAUCAAAUAAAACUUCAUGGGCUGGACUAUGAACCUGCUUUCCACUUUGAAUUGUUUAUAUAGAUAUUUCCCAACAGUAUACAUAAUGUACAGUUAUUACACAGAAGCAAGCAACUUAAAGAUAUUCAUAUAAUCAUUAGGGUUGGUUUGAAAUACCAGUGUCUCGGUAUAUACUUAAAUAAUAUAUAUAUAUUAUAAUAUAAUAGUAUGUAUAGAUAAGCAACGCCUGGUUAACGUGUGGUUAGGUUUAGGCACAAAAUACACUUGGCUAGGGUUAGGAAAAUAAAAUGUUUGGCUUGAAAUACACAGUUUUGGUGGCACAAUGCCCGCUGGAAACAGUGAUGUCGGUAAAGAACAACUGCUUUUCAAUGUCCAAUUAAAACAACAAUUUUACUGCUUUUUGUGUCACUAUCCAUGAAUAUAACAUAGUGAUGUCUUGAUACAAAAGGCACUAUCUUCGGUGGAAACACAGCAAUGAGUUGUUUGAUGGCUACAAAGUGGCUAGAAAUGCAACAACUGGUUUUGUUCUUGUUGGUCUGCAGCUUGGCAGGCAUCUCGCCACUAUGCCAAAUGUCAAACGUAAUGUAUCAUUGAUUUGCAGCAAUGCACACUGCCAAACUUUUCUGCUGGCGACUGGGCUGAGAUGAGCAACGUUACGCCCAGUGUCAAAAAGAUAUGUCUUUGUCGAAGGUCAUAGGUCCUCCACCAGGAUAGUGACCCAAAACGCAAAUCAAAAAGCAGCCAGAAAUGGUUCAAAAGAAAAUGCCGGGCUGCUCUAAAGUGGCCACAGUCCAAAUCCAGAUCCUGUUGAACACUUGUGGGGAGAUGUGAAAACAGAAGUUGGAAGAUUAUGCUCUUCAAAUCUGAAAAAAACUGGAGCAGUUUUCAAAAGCAGAGUGGACCAAAUUGCCAUUGAAUAUGUGCAAGAACCUCAGAGAAGCCUAAAGGAAGUGCUCAGCAUUUAUUAAAGUCAGGUGUCAAGAAUUUUGUCCAUGCUAUUUCUGUUUAUUUUAUGCUGUAAAAGGAUAUGCUGAGCUCUUAUUAAAAAAUAAAGUUACUUUAGUUUUGGAAGUGGAAUAAACAAUUGUAGUAAAUGUAAAUGUAUUUUAGAGACAAUAGUGAUUUUUUUUUUUUUUUUAAAUGUGCAAAGAUGCUAAUAUUUUCAGCUAUGACUUUAGCUCUCUAGUGCUUUCUUGUUUGCUACAUAGAUAUUAACGUCUAUCACAUUUUGUUUUUUAAAUAGUAAAAUAAAUAUGAUUUUGGUCACGACUCAGUUUAGAAAAAAUGUAUAGUUUCUGUCUUCCUGCUUUGCAGUUUUGUUUUUACGUUAUACCUUGUAAUCAAAAUGUUUAUUUAUGUUAAUGUUUUGGUGACACAAUAAAAUCA